AUGGGCUUGUAUAAGACCUCUACGGGGUCGUGUACGCCGUGUUGCAUCCGGGGUAUAACCUCGGGUCCUGACACUGGUGGUGCUACUGGUGGAAGUGGUGGUGUAACUACUUUAGCAGCUUCUACAGGUGUAACUGCUGGUGGAAGUGAUGGUGCAGCUACUCAAAAACCAGUCACUACUCUAGCAACUUCUAGAGGUGCAACUACUGCUACAACAUGUUCUGAUGGAAGUGGUGGUGCAGCUACUAAAAGGCCAACCACUACUUCAGCAACUUCUGGAGGUGCAACUACUGCUGCAAUAACUACUAGUGGAAGUGCUGCAAAUAUUUCUGUAAAUUUUUCAACUACUAGUGCUAGUGGCUCAAAGAGGAGUAUCAAAGUUAAAAGAGGUGGUGCAAAUCGAGAAUAUAAGAGGCCAAGAACAGAGAAGCCAAGAACAGCUGGUUUUGGUGUGCUAUUUAGAGCAAAUAGUGUGAUAGAAAGGUCUGGAACUACUGAUAGAGUGUUACAUUGA